AUGACGGUGUGGGAUCAUCUUUGUAAAAUGGAAACAGACGAGGAGAAGAGGAAGGAACUCUUGUAUAGCGAGGACAAGGGUGUAGAGUGCGAAUCAUCUGCUUCUGGUUUCCGUCAUGACAAUCUGGCCACGCUCGUCAUAUUUGGUUUCAGAUCUGAAGAGUACAUGGUGAGCUAUAUCAGGCGUGUAAUGGAAGCAGCGGUGAAUCUGGAGGAUGUGUUCCUGUAUCAUAGGCUGGCUUGUAGGAAGUGCGUUGCCUAUUCUCCAAAGCGGUCAUUCAAGUUCCCAUGGACCAAGAGGCAGAGAUCGUAUGUGAAGAAGAGAAUAACUGAAGGGAUCGACUCGCCUGCCAUAAUUCGCUUCCCGACCGCUGUUGGAAUUAGGGCUGAUCAUCUUGCAAAAAAGAGGUAUCCGUAG